GCUCCGCUGUGAGACAGGAGGAGAAGAAGAAGAGCUAGCCGGAGAAGCUAACUGCUGUCAUGGUUCUGGUUCUGGACUAAAAAUGUCUCCAUCUCGUGAAAUUCUCUCAAAGUUCGGGGAAACCGAACCGAACCGACGGCUGGGUUUGAGCCGGGGACCGGAAGUGCGCUUUAAAGCCGCAGAUCAUCUUCAUCAACACGACUGCAAGGAGGAAGAGGAGGACCUCUGGGACCCGGACCAGGAUCAGAGUCUGGACCAGGAGCCUCCUCAGAUGAAAGAAGAACCAGAGGAGGAUCAGGAGACUGAGACCUUUACUCAUGAACCCGACCCGAGGAAACCAGAACCAGACCGGUUCCUCUCAGACCACAGUCCUGUGUCUGAGACCCCAAACCCUUCAGACUCUGGACCAGGUGGACCCACAGAACUGAAGCUAAAGAUGCAGCAGGAAAAUACAAAGUCUUUUAAAUCUAAACUGAAUAAUAAAACAUUAAAGGACCCUGGAGACAAGAGACCAUACUCCUGCAGCACUUGUGGGAAAACCUUAAACACAGUCCAGUCUUUAAAUAAUCACCAUAAAAUUCACACCGGGGAGAAGCCGUUUCCCUGUGGAACGUGUGGGAAAAACUUCCGUCACAUUAAAACUUUAACGCGCCACCUGAGGACUCACACAGAGGAGAAGCCAUACUCCUGUGAGACGUGUGGGAAAGGGUUCAGGUGUAGAGAGAGCUUGCUGGUCCACGUGAGGACUCAUACGGGUGAGAAACCAUUUUCCUGUGAAAUCUGUGGGAGGAGCUACACCCUGAACGGCAGUUUGACCAUCCACAUGAGAAGCCACACGGGAGACAAACUCUUCUCCUGUCAGAUCUGUGGGAAAAUCUUCACCCAGAAUGGGAACUUGACUGUCCACAUGAGGACGCACACGGCUGAGAGGCCGUUUUCCUGUGACGUAUGUGGGAAAAACUUCACUCAGAGUGAUCAUUUAACCGUUCACAUGAGGACACACACAGGUGAGAAACCCUACCUGUGUUACACCUGCGGGAAAAGAUUUAUAGACUCCUCAGCCUUUAAAAGACAUUUAGCCGUUCACUCCGAGGAGAAGUCGUAUUCCUGUGUAAUCUGCGGGAAACACUUCAUCACUAGCAGCCGUCUGAUGGCUCACCUGAAGACUCACACCGGAGAGAAGCCGUUUGCAUGUCAGACGUGUGGGAAAAGUUUCACGGAGAGAGGAACUUUAACGUCCCACGUCAGAACGCACACAGGAGAGAUGCCGUACACCUGCAGCAUCUGCGAGAAAAGAUACAAGGACGCUUCGGCUCUGAGGAAACACAGGAAGUCUCAUUCACACGUCAGGAAAGUCUCAGCAGAGAAACCGUGAAAGAGAUUUACAUCAUGAAGACAGUUUCUACAGAUCUAAAGAAACGUUUCUGAAGCAGCUGAUUGUUUUAUAAAGUUAUAAUUAUUUUAAAUGCUUUUAUUUCUGAUGGAGGUUAAAGUCAGAGCAGCUGAUCAUCUACAGUUUGUCCUGCAUAAAAACUAACCAACAAACUAAAGCAGCAGUGGCAACGUUUUGAAGAACAGUUAAUAUCUUACCUGUUGUAGAUGGCUCUUUGCUGGACAAUUAUUCUGACUGAUGAGCUAAGUAGUUGUAGUUUCCUUUAUCUAACCAGGAAAUAAACUCAUUGAGAUUCAAAA